AUAGCCAACCAAGAAACCAAUUAGUUUUAUCUCCUGCUUCCAUAUUAAACCUUAACUACCGACCCACAAACACCAUGACAAAAUCAAGUGAUGAAAACCCUACUCUGCCAAAAUACUUGAAAGAAGAUGACUUAGGGCAAGAAUGCAAGGACUUGAUACAAACCUUGCCAUUAGUAGAAGGGUGGAUCGAUCCCACCUUUCAUGAAUAUCAAGGAUUUUGGUUUGCUCCCAAGAUUCUCCAAGGUGCUUUAUCUUUUCAAAAGCACUUUCAAGCCAUUGAUACAGAUAUUAUCUUAGUUACAAAUCCCAAAUCAGGUACCACUUGGCUCAAAGCAUUGACUUUUGCUUUGAUAAACCGUAACAAAUAUCCAAAUAUUCAUAAAAAUCAUCCUUUACUCACUUCCAACCCUCAUGUUCUUGUUCCUUUCAUGGAGAUUAACCUUUACUAUGAAACUGAUAUUGUUCCUGAACUCAAUUCACUAUCCCCUCCAAGAAUCUUCUCCACACACAAUCCUUAUGUUUUGUUGCCAAAAUCUUUGAAAGAGUCCAACUGUAAGGUGGUGUAUCUUUGUAGAGAUCCUAAAGACACUUUUGUUUCACUUUGGCAUUUCUCAAACAAGCUAAGAGAACAAAGUAGAGGAACACUUCCAUUAGAAGAGGCUUUUGAGAGUUUUUGUAGAGGAACAACUUCUUAUGGACCGUUUUGGGAUCAUGUAUUAGGAUACUGGAAGGAAAGCUUGGAAAGACCGGAGAAGGUUAUGUUUUUGAAAUAUGAAGAAAUGAAAAUGAAACCUAAUUUUGUUUUGAAAGAGAUUGCUAAGUUUUUGGGGUGUCCAUUCUCCGAAGAAGAAGAAUCCAAUGGUGUGGUUGAUGAUAUAUUACAUUUGUGUAGUUUUGAGAAGCUUAGCAACUUGGAGAUCAAUAAGAACGGGAAAAUUUCGUCGGAAAUUGAAAACAAGAACUUUUUCCGUCUUGGCAAAGUUGGAGAUUGGAAAAAUCUUCUCACAACUAAAAUGGUUGAGCAGUUAAACAUAGUUGUCGAAGAGAAAUUUGGUAAACAUGGGUUGAGUUUUUAGAUUUUGAGAAAUUCUGUUCACUUUAUGGCUGAUUGGCUUUUCCUAAUUCCUUUGUACCUUUUCUUUUUUCAGCUUGUUUCUGUUGGGAAAUCAUUUUGUUUCUUGGAUAUUCCUUUUGGCUUUUCUUUGUGUGAUUUCACUUUGGUCAAUGAAUUUACCUGCUCUUGAAUUUUUUUGAUA